CAUGAUCACUCAUCAACAGAUAUCAAUGUCCAUGACGAGAAAUCAGACGAUAUGUCAUCCAACGAUGUCGUCUCAAUACCCGGGCCCAAACAUAUGGUCAUAGCUUUGCUAUCCGGUGGUAAAGAUAGUUGUUUCAACCUUCUUCACUGUCAAGCCAACGGACAUGAAGUUGUGGCCAUAGCUACUUUGAUACCGGAAGAAGGGGUGGACGAACUAGAUUCACAUCUUUAUCAAUCAGUCGGUACACGAUUAAUACCGUUCAUAGCCCAAGCAUCGGGUUUACCUCUCUACACACGCGUGAUCCGCGGGAAAGCUCUGGAGAGAGGGGCGGAGUAUGGUAGUCGUUCUCAUAUCGCAGUCAAUGAAGGGGAGGAGGGGGAUGAGACUGAAGAUCUGUAUGAACUAUUGAGAGAGGUUAUGAUAGCUCAUCCUGAAGCCACGGCUUUGUCCUCUGGAGCCAUAUUAUCCUCAUAUCAACGUCUGAGGAUUGAACAUGUUUGUUCCAGACUUGGUCUAGCAUCACUUGCCUAUUUAUGGCAACAACCCCAGUUAUCCUUAUUGGAUUCGAUGAUCAAAUGUGGGAUGGAAGUUGUAAUCGUUAAAGUGGCCGGAGUGGGUUUAGGGGUAGAUGUUGUGGGUAAGAGGUUAGAAAUGGUAUUACCACUUCUGAAACGACUCGAAAAAGAAUAUGGUUCUCAUCCCGCUGGUGAAGGAGGAGAAUAUGAAACAAUCACUCUUUCUUCCCCUCUGUGGUCACACCGAUUAAAUAUAUUAUCAUCCGAAGUGAUAAUCACCGAUCCUGAACCUUAUCCCGUGGCAUAUCUUCGAGUCGAAACUGCCGAAAUUGAACCCAAGGCCGGUUGGAGUAAACCGAGUGUCAGGGAGUCAAGGAACAUGUUGGGAUUACCUUCUCCUGAAAGUCAUCUUCUGCAAUACAAAUCAGACGAAGAGGAUGAAGAAUCAGAAAUGGCAGAAGGAUCUGUGCUGCUGGGUAGUGAACCUGGUGGAUUGGAUCAACUCUCUAGGUCCAUAUAUCAGGAACGAGAAAACCAAGGAACGCCCAGAGUUCAUUUCGUAAAGAAAGGUCAAUGGUUUGUCUUGUCCAUCCAGGGACGGUCCCUUCCAGGCCAGUCUGUCGAAAUGGAGCUCAAAGAAGCUUUUGAGUCCUUAUCAGUCAAAAUGAAAGAAAAUGGUCUUUCACUUCCUAUUCACGCAACACACAUAACUUUUCUCCUCUCUUCCAUGUCUCUCUUCGUCGCUGCCAAUGCAUUGUACGCUACUUACUUCGGUACAUCUCCUCCUAGUAGGGCAACUGUGGCUGUACCUCUACCACCUGGUCAGAGGGUACGAUUGGAAGUAAUCGGGUUUGAUGACCGUUUCGUUGGAUUUGAGGGGAGACAAGCUUUGCAUGUUCAAAGUUUAAGUUAUUGGGCUCCUGCGAACAUUGGACCAUAUUCACAAGCUGUUAUAGUCAAUUCCCGUGUUCAUCUAGCCGGUCAAAUACCCUUACUCCCAGCUUCCCUCACAAUCCCUAUUCAUCAAUCAUCGCAUUCUCCAUACGCCCUUCAAUCCGUUCUAGCACUCCAACAUGUCCGACGUGUACUCACUCUUUUAAGGGACAAAUCAUCAACCGGAGGAGGAUGGGAAGGAUGGUGCGAGUUAGCGAUAUGUUGGUGGGCUUCAUCACCACCUACCGCCAGUUCUCCCCCGUCAGGUAACCCAGAGAUGAUAGUGGAGAUGGAGGGAGUGGAGGUAAGCUGUAAAGCUUGGGAAAUAUGGGCGAAACAAAUGGAUUGUUGUGAAACCCCUAUCGUCUUCUUACAAGCUUCAGAACUCCCACGUGGGGCCUUGGUAGAAUAUCAAGUAAAUUGGAAUACCGGUCGACGUACUUUCUCACCUCUCAGCCCGAACGAGUCAAACGAAGGAAGUGGGUUUAUCAGAUCUAGUCUAGAUGAUGAUUGUUUGACCCCCGAUCAAGAGUUUGAUGAGGAUGAGAAUAUAGAGAGACUGGAGUCUAAUUACGACCAAGAGACGUUAAGGGGGAAAUGUAGCCACGGGUCGGAUGAACGUAGUAAGUGGGAGAUAUGUAUGUCAGAUCCUAUUGGUGGAGGUAGAGGCGUGUUUUUUCUGGAUGGGACGAUUAGUGAGGAAGUAAGAAGUUUGGUAAGAAAGUUAGGAGGAGUUAGUGUCAGAGUGUAUUAUACGCAUCAGAUCGAUUUGACAACGAUACAAUCGAAACUUCCAGAUAUCUCCAACACGUGUAUCACUUUCAUUCCCGUUUUGAGUAUCCAUGAUCGUCAUCUCAACUUUUAUCCUUUAGCGAUGGAUAUUUUCAUACCAUGAUUAAAUACAAUGAUUGAAAUGCAUAUCUCCAUCUCU